GGAAUCACGCAGUUCUGUAUUCUCACGCGGCCGUAGCAUGGGUGGGAUAUGUGGGCGGAGCGCUGUUCUUAACAGUAGCCAGUUACUGGGCUAGAUGGGAGGAGACUACAAAACGCUCAGCCAAUCGCUGCAAAGUAUACGCCGCGGCUCCGCGUGCGAGCACCAUGUGCACUGGAAAGCGCGUCUGUUUCUGAGAGUCAACGUGUAGUAGCCGAGUCCUUUGGACACAUGCUCACGUUUCCCGCGGAUUACUAGUGAAGUGAAAAAGUGUGCUCAUUCGCUUUAUUAUUUUCCCCUAGACGAAUCUGCAAAUACGCAGCUCUUUGCUAUAUAUGCAGAGCAGAAUCUGGAGUACUUGCCGUAAAACCUAAAUCGAGAUUAAAAGGAAAUUCGUGUUUAUGUUAUGCAUAUUUCAGAUUCAGUUUUAAAGCAGUCAACUUUCCACCUUGGUAAGUGGCAACACGUUCAUGCUGUUGUUUGUUGCGGGACAAUAGGCGUCAUUGGCAAAAACUGUAGUGAAGUUAUCCAAUAAUUUGUUUUUAAUUAUCCACACAAGAGGAGCGUGCCUGUCACGAGGAGGUGUGCCUUAUUAAUAUUAAACAGUGACGCGCCUCUGUGCUUACUCGCGCUUCUGCUCGUGGAGGUGUGACGUCACGUGAGUGCCCCGUGUUCGUUCCAGCUGAGCGAAAAGCUCGGACGACUCGAGCUCGAAGCGCGCGGCAACGCACACACAAAAACACACGAAGAGAGGUGAACAGAAGGGGUGACCACAGGGGGAAAAGCGAUUGAGCGACUGAAUGGAAAAAAGAAAAAACGACGACAACAUCCAACCAAUCGCACUACGCAGCAGAAAUUGACUCAGCAACACUUUCUUCGUGUUUCCAUUUGUUAUUCGUGAGGCGACGCGAGUUUCUUUGCUCCGUUAUUUUCUUUGCACACACUGUUCAAGUUCUUGUUUGCACCAUUGGAUAUUUUUGGAUAGUUGUCCUCGGCUGGGGCUUUUGUUUCACGGUGUACUUGGAUGUAACGACACUUCAUUUGUAUAAUAAGUUCCAACGAAUCUCUCAGGACUUUCUGGAAAUAUUGGGAAUGUAUAUUUUUAUCGUCACAGCGAGUCUACAGUCAGAUGCAUCCAGAAUGGCACAUUUGUUUUAAAAUAUAUUUGUAUAUAAAGCAGUGUUGAACCCACCAAGCCUCUAUCAGGAGUUUAGUCCGGCGGACGUUGAAUGAUGUCAAGGCAGCUUUCACAGCUCCUUCCCCCGGACCUACCCACUGCUGGAGCGAGUCCGCAAUUUGGCAACAGUAGCCAGGCAGGAGGGUCGCUUGGAGGUGGGCACAAUCCCACAACAAACAUAAAGUCGCUCCUGCAGCCUCCUGUGAAGUGUGACCAGCGCGUCAAAGACUGUUGUGAAAUGAAGGGUAAGGUCAGGUUGGAUAUCGAUGAAGACACUCUUAGCCGCUGUCCUCUGCGCAAUGGCUGCAGCAAUGGACAAGCUUCUGACAGCAACGGCGCAGGCACGGGUUUCUCUAACAACAACAACGGUUCCUUCCUGGGCCCGUUGCUAUGGGAACGAACAUUGCCAUGUGACGGCGGUCUGUUCCAGUUGCAGUACAUGGAUCUCGAAGAGUUUCUGACGGAGAAUGGCAUGAGCAGCAUGCACAGUACCUCCAACUCCACCUCUGCGCAGAUACCGUCUCAAAGCUCCCAGUCGGCCAUACCUAACCAGGGCUCCCAGUGUCUCCCCACCUCCCCUCCACACUGCUCCUCUUCCUCGUCACCAUCAUCAACCACUGCUUCUUCAUCACCCUCUCUGCUUGGGCUGGACAUGCACACGUCACAAAGCAUGCUGGGAGCUGCAGACUGCUUGCACAGUACUCCACCAGGUAGUUUGGAGCCAACACCUUCACCUUCCUCCAGCAGCUGUCCACCUCUCUGUACUUCUCCCGUCACUAAUGUCAACGAUUUGCCCUUUGACACCGACCCUGCGGAUGUCGCGCUGUCGAGUGUGCCCGGGCAGAAGGCGUUUGACCCUCGCAUGCCUUGUUUCAGUGAGGAAGAGCUCAAACCUCAGCCCAUGAUUAAAAAAGCACGCAAGAUGCUUGUCCCUGAAGACCUGAAGGAUGAGAAAUACUGGAGUCGACGUUGCAAGAACAACGAGGCCGCCAAGCGUUCCCGCGAUGCUCGUCGACUAAAGGAAAACCAGAUUUCGGUGCGCGCUGCCUUCCUCGAGCGUGAGAACGCUGCACUUAGACAGGAAGUAGCCGACAUGCGCAAAGAGCUCGGCCGGUGCCGAAACAUCCUAAACAAAUACGAGAGCCACCACUUGGAUCAGUAAGAAGGAAGGGCGGAGAAAAAGGAAGGGAGGAGAAAACGAUCUGUGGGAUGUGAGAUAAUAGAUAAAGAAUGCUACUAAUGUUCCUAUACCAGUCCUGCCAAAGACUGCAGAAACAGUACAUCAAAUGUGGAAUGAUGUCUGAAGAUGGCACAUGAAGAUCUUUUUUAAGGUUUUAAACUGGAAGGAGAGAGCAUGUCACCUCUCUGAUUGUUUUUGUCAGUAAGGUACAAUGGCAAGAUUUUAAUUAUGGAAAGAAUUGUAUAUUUUUAUAUGAUGGGGAAAGGAACAUUUUGAAAAUCAUUUUUGUAUAUUUUCUAUAUCUUUGGGAGAGCUUUUAAGCAGAGACAAAGUAAUAGAGGGAACUGGUAAAGGUUUCACUGUAAUAUAAAAACAAUUUUAUGUGAUAUUUGAAAGACGUUGACAGAACAUUUACAGUUGAAUAAGAAAGAUUAAAUUGUAAAAUAAUAAGAAAAUAUACAUUUGUACAGAAAUGUUGUUAAUAUAGAUUUAUUCAAGCACUUACAUUGUGAUUAUCCUGUGCAUAAUGACUUGGCAGAAGCGAUGGAGAACAAUCAUGGACAAUACUGACAGGUGCAUCUGAACUCUUGGAGAAAAUAUUUUCCUACUGCUGACAUUUCCUUGUCAAGACUUGCCACAUAUUUUAUUGCAAUUCUCUUACGUUUAUUUCUUUUGAAGGUGAACUCAAUAGGACUUGUACUCAUCUUUUGUUCAAGAUUUACAGUUAUAAACAAAUAUCAAACAUCCAUGAGCCAUCUGAAUGCAUAUUGACCAGUGUAACAUCUUAAGUGAUCUUGUGGAGGCUGUUCUUGCUGUGCAAAAACACCAUGUGGACCUCUAUGUAUUCAAUGAGCUCUCAUCUAAUCAUAUAGACUGAUUUGUACAAUAUAGGAAUUUCCAGUUUAAAGGGUUGUUAUGCAGAAUAGUAUAUCGCUGCUUUUGCUGGUUUGCACCUGUAUAUGCAAACACAUUUAAGCCAAUGAGCAGACUCAGUGGUAUUGGAACAAUUUAGGUUUUUUAUGACCAGAUUUUUCAAAAUCUUCCUUUGUUUUGUGGGUCAUUAUUUCUCCAGUCAUGUCUGAUUGUUUCUUUAACAAACAUUAAGUACUUUACAUAUUCUGAAAUAUUAUUAUUAUUAUAAUGAAUUAUUGCUGUUGCUGUUAAUACUACAAUUGAAUUAUCUGUUGUCGUUUUUGUCCUUGAUAUUGUUUACUUUCAAUACACACGUCUCUUGUAGAGAUUUUGUCACUUCCUGUUUGUGAUCAGCUGUAGAAGAAAUCUUGCCAUGACAGCCAGGUCGAUUUGUAUAUCUGAGGAACACUUGAAAAAAAACUCUUGCCCUUGGCGAUCAUAAACUCUGAUUUCACACAAA